AUGUGGAUUCGUUGCUCCCGCGUGUACGACCCGACGGCGUCGCGCGCCCCCCGUCCCUCACUUGGCGAGUUUCGAAUGUCUUUUAGUCUAUUACACUCGCUCACCGUGCACGAUGAGCGUUACCCUCAGGCCGUUAGCUCUCACUUGUAUAUCAUCGCGCAAACUUUCGCAACCGUAGCGUGUCGAAAUCGCUCCGCCCUGAACACUCGGCCGUGGAAAGCGCCGUGGCAACGUGGGAACUGUACGACGUUCGGAAUGAUACUGGUGCGAAGUGCGUGGCACGAGCGCCGUUCGGACUGA